UUUGCUGUGAAAAAGUUUCAUAAGAUGCUGUUUGGGCGCCAUUUCCGACUGCAAACCGAUCAUCGACCCUUGUUGCGGAUUUUCGGGUCACAUAAGGGUAUACCAGUGUACACGGCAAAUAGGUUGCAGCGGUUUGCAUUGCAGUUGCUGAUGUACGAUUUUACCAUCGAGUACGUGCAAACCGAUAAGUUUGGCAAUGCGGACGUGCUCUCAAGGUUGAUACACGAGCACGCAAAACCGGAUCCGGAAUACGUAAUCGCAAGCGCUGAAGACGUUGCGAAGGCCACGGAGUCCGACCCUGUCCUGAAGAAGGUUUACGGAUACAUCAUGGAAGGGUGGCCCCAAAAUGUCGCGUAUGCUGCAGAGCUGGCUUGCUUUUACCACAGAAGCGAAGCCCUAACCACGGUGCGUGGUUGCAUUUUGUUUGGGGAAAGAGUGGUGAUCCCUAGCAAGCUGCAGCAGCGUUGCUUGAAGCAACUACAUAAAGGGCACCCCGGUAUCCAGCGAAUGAAGUCGAAGGCCCGGAGUUACGUGUACUGGCCAUCCGUUGAUAAGGACAUAAUGGAGCACUCGCCAGCUGAAGCCAUGCUAGGCAGAAAAAUGCGAACAGCGUUGGAACUGCUGAAACCUCCACCUGCAGCGCAAGCAGAACCGGCCAACUUGGAUAGACGAUUUCAGCGCGGUGACCUCGUCUACGCCAAGUUCUAUGCGCGGAAUUCAUGGAAGUGGGUUCCGGCGCAAAUCAUACGAGAGUUGGGCAGCGUUAUGUUCGAGGUGCAGACGAACAAUCAACGGGUUCACAGGCCCCAUGUGAACCAGCUGCGAAAACGUGAUUCGGCCGUGGGGGCUUCCAGCGAGGACGUGGACAUAGAUCAUUUGCCGUUUGAUCUGCUGACGGACAGCACG